CGAUUGACUGGGAGCGGGGUUUCCUCUUCCCGGUGCCCACAGGCCUUGGGGUGACCACAGCCACGGUCGCCUGGGACUGAAGGAUCCCUGAACCCGGCAGGCUGCGGCGGACGUGAAAGCUUCUGAGUCCCUUCCAGACGCUGUCUGGCGAGGUCCGACGAUAUGGUCCACAGGUCUCCAUGAGUCAGUUUGGCUGGAGACUGCGAACACUCAAUAAUGAGCGGUGCAGCUUUAGGACUUGAGAUUGUUUUUGUCUUUUUUCUGGCAUUGUUCCUCCUGCAUCGAUAUGGAGACUUUAAGAAACAGCAUCGACUUGUAAUCAUCGGAACACUGCUUGCUUGGUAUCUCUGCUUUCUUAUUGUCUUCAUACUGCCACUGGAUGUUAGUACGACAAUAUAUAACCGAUGUAGGCAUGCUGCUGCAAAUUCCAGCCCUCCUGAAAAUAACAAUGUUACGGGAGUGUAUGCAUCUGUCACUCCAGCUCCAAGACAGCCUCCGUGUUUCAAGCCAUGGAGUUACAUCCCAGAUGGAAUCAUGCCAAUUUUCUGGAGGGUAGUUUAUUGGACAUCUCAGUUUUUAACAUGGAUUCUAUUACCUUUUAUGCAAUCAUAUGCAAGAUCUGGAGGUUUUUCCAUCACUGGAAAGAUAAAAACAGCCCUGAUUGAGAAUGCAAUCUAUUAUGGAACUUACUUACUGAUAUUUGGAGCAUUUCUAAUUUACGUAGCUGUAAACCCACGUUUGCAUUUAGAAUGGAACCAACUUCAGACUAUUGGGAUAGCUGCUGCCAACACAUGGGGUCUGUUUCUCCUCGUGUUAUUACUGGGGUAUGGCUUGGUGGAAAUUCCUCGGUCAUACUGGAAUGGAGCCAAAAGGGGCUAUCUGCUUAUGAAGACUUACUUUAAGGCAGCCAAACUGAUGACAGAGAAAGCAGAUGCAGAAGAGAAUUUGGAGGAUGUAAUGGAGGAGGUUCGUAAGGUAAAUGAGAGUAUCAAGUAUAACCAUCCAUUGAGAAAAUGUGUUGACACGAUCCUGAAAAAGUGCCCUACAGAUUAUCAGGAAAAGAUGGGUAGAAAUAUGGAUGAUUAUGAAGAUUUUGACGAAAAGCGUAAUACCUACCCAAGUGAAAAAAGUUUGGUAAAAUUGCACAAACAGGUGAUUUAUUCAGUUCAAAGGCACCGUCGGACUCAAGUGCAAUGGCAGAUUCUUUUGGAACAGGCAUUCUAUCUAGAAGAUGUAGCAAAAAAUGAAACUAGUGCAACUCACCAGUUCGUUCACACCUUUCAGUCACCUGAGCCAGAAAAUCGAUUUGUCCAAUAUUUUUAUAAUCCUACAGUUGAGUGGUACUGGGAAUGCCUUUUGCGUCCAUGGUUUCACAGGAUACUUGCUGUGGUUUUGUCUAUCUUCUCUGUGAUUGUUGUGUGGUCAGAGUGUACCUUCUUUAGCACAACUCCUGUCUUAUCCCUUUUUGCAGUAUUCAUACAGCUGGCAGAAAAGACAUACAAUUAUAUUUAUAUUGAGAUUGCUUGCUUCCUUUCCAUCUUCUUCUUAAGUAUCUGUGUUUAUUCUACGGUGUUCAGGAUUCGUGUAUUUAACUACUACUACUUGGCUUCACAUCAUCAGACUGACGCGUACAGCCUUCUUUUCAGUGGCAUGCUGUUUUGCCGUUUGACUCCUCCUUUAUGUCUUAACUUCUUGGGACUGACCCAUAUGGAUUCGUCCAUCUCCCACCAGAAUACCCAGCCAACUGCGUAUACAUCUAUCAUGGGUUCCAUGAAAGUUUUAUCCUUUAUUGCAGAUGGAUUCUAUAUAUAUUAUCCUAUGUUGGUAGUAAUUCUCUGCAUAGCCACAUAUUUUAGUUUGGGCACCCGUUGUUUGAAUCUGCUUGGUUUCCAGCAGUUCAUGGGAGAUAAUGAUAUGACAUCAGAUCUAGUUGAUGAAGGAAAAGAAUUAAUCAGACGAGAGAAAAGAAAAAGGCAAAGGCAAGAGGAAGGUGAAAAUAGAAGAAGAGAGUGGAAAGAACGUUAUGGACACAACAGAGAGGAUUCCACUCGGAAUAGAAACGUUCAUCCUGACCCCAAAGAGUCAAAUUUCUCAGACACUACUACCAAUUGGUCAUCCAAAUAUACCAGGGCUAAUAACAGGACUGAAAGAGACCGAAUAGAACUUCUCCAAGAUGCAGAACCUCUGGAUUUUAAUGCAGAAACAUUUACUGAUGAUUCUCUGGAACCUGAGUCAGGAAGGUAUCAACCUGGUGGACGAUAUCUCUCCAUGUCUUCCAGCAUAAUAUUUGAAGAUAUCUAAAGUCUGAAGUAAUUCAUAGAUCAAGUAACCGAGGUCAACACAUCAGCUCAGCCUUUAUGAACAUCCUUGUGUCCUGUAUUUCCUCUGUUCUCUCUAUAAACGGUGUGAGGAUAACAAAGACAGCAUUGAAAGUUGAUCACAUCUUAACAAUAUUAGGUUAUGGUUUGUUGAAUAGAGCAUCAUCUUUUCUUAUAGGCUUUACUGGAGACCAUCUGAAGCAUCUGCCUUAGAAGUGUAGUUAAGUGGAAGGGUUCAACUCAUGAUAAACAUAGAGCUAACUUGGUUUCAUGCUAAUUUUUUAGGAGACUUAUUUUAAAGUUCAAUGAAGCCAUAAGUCAUACUAAAUUCUACAAUUUUAUAACUGUAAUUUAAAAUUUUACUAUUUCUUUAAAAAUGUUCAACCUACAUUUUCCAAAGAACUAAAAGUGAACUGAGACCUCAAAUAAUGACCAUAUUCACUAAACUCAUGUCUUAAAACAAGGCUAACGUAUCGGACAUAACUGAAUGUAAACAGCUCUUCUUCAGAUCUGCACACACUUCCAUGGGAUUGUGCAUGUAUAAUUAAGAUGAUUCUUCAGUUGAUAGUGUUAGUCUCUUUAGCAUGUGUAUUCUAAUUGGGUGAUGUGUUAUUCUUUUCUGUCUUUGUAGUAACUGGAUCUUUUUAUGGUUUUCAUAUUAUUGCUUUGUAAAAGAUUUUCAUUUCAGAGAAAAAUAUUCAUCUUUAACAUUUA